AUAGUAUUAUAUAAUUGAAAGUAAUAAAAAGUAAAGUCCCAACUUGGAGAUAACAAGCAUCUAUUGCCAAGUGGAAGGCAACGUGCUCAGAACAAUAUUAUCCGCAUUUAGUAUCACUAGAUUUGAGCAGAUUAAUUAAACUUCGUCAAGAAUGGACCGUUGGAGAGGAAAAACAGCGAUAGUGACAGGCGCUGCUUCCGGUAUGGGAGCAGCAAUAACGCAAGCUCUACUAUCGAAGGGAAUAAAUGUUGUUGGUUUGGACAUUCAAAAGGAACGUUUAGAAAAAGCAGCCAAUGAAAUCAAUAAAAACAAGAAUUUUGGUAAAUUACAUCCAAUCAGAUGUGACCUCUCUCAAUAUGAUGAUAUUCAAAAAGCUUUUAAGUUUGCCGAUGAAUAUAUGGGAGGUGUCGAUAUAAUGGUGAAUAAUGCUGGAAUUUGCAAUUAUUCACGAAUUAUCGAUAGUGACAGACAGACAUUCGAGCGUUUAUUGAAUAUUGACGUUCUCGCAAUGGCAACUUGCAUUAAAAAAGCUGUUGCUUCAAUGAGAGCUAGAAAGGUCGAGGGACAUAUUUUCAACAUUAACAGUGCACUGGGUCACAUAAUCCCCUCAGAUGGAUUUACUGACAAAGAAGGAGCCAAUGGAUGGAAUUUGUACCCGGCUUGUAAGCAUGCAACUGUUGCAAUGACAGAAAGCGUUCGACAUGAAAUAAAAGCAGCUAAACUUCCAAUUAGAAUAACUGGAAUUUGUCCAGGAUUAGUUGCAACAGAAUUUGGCGUCAAUAUUCCAGAAAUUAAAGAAUACGUUGAAACACUUCCUCGUAUUUUACCGGAAGACAUCGCUGACGCUUUAAUGUAUGCUCUUGGUACUAGGCACGAAGUGCAGAUUUCAGAAAUUUCAAUUCAGAGGACAGGCAACAAUUAAGAAGGGAAUUGCUGAUGUUUAUUUGUAAAUUAUUAUACAAUACAGAAAAAAGUAUUGUAUUCUAUCUAUAAAUUUUCAAAUUUCACAAAUAUUUCUUCUACUUACAAAUUCUUCUACUUUUUUCCAAAUUUCCCUAAAUAUUUCUUUUAAUCGACACUAAUUUUUUUACUAAACAUUAAUAAUAAACAUUUAGAUAAAAGAACUCUUAAAAAUAGUAAUUAUUAUAAGCAUCAAAAGAAAAAUAUAAUCCCAUCAAAACUAUGCGAGUGAAGCAAUUUAUCAAUAUUAUUAAAACGUGUAAUUAUUUCUUGAAUAUCAAGACAUUACUUCAUGUUUGACAAUUAAUUAUUAUUAGACAACAA